CAGCUAAAUGGAAAUUUUUGACACAUGUCAAUCACACAUACAAUCUGCACAAAUCCUAGCUGGAAGAAUUUGAAAAAAUUUGCUUCUUUUGGCCAGCAAUUUGAAUUUUAUUUCCCUCUCAUUCAUCACUUAGCUUGCUGGGCCAUAAACAUAUGUCCAGCCCAACAAGGCCCAACCAAGCCCGGUCCUGUUUGUUGAAAAGAAUAAAAAAAACGCAUGCGGGCAAAACAGGACAGUGGAGGAGCAUCGAUAAGUUGUUUUCAUUGUUUCAGAAUGCAGAACUCCUCUUCUUCUUUUGGUAUGAAAUUUGAAACCAUUUUCACAACCAAAAAGUUUCAGUCACUUAUUGAUGCAACAUCUUCUUCAAACCAGUUUCACGUAUUGUGUGAGUCAUCCCUUUCAUUGCAGAGUUUUGUAUCUUUCUUAGGUCAGGUCACUUUCACAAUUCACAAAGAACGAAUGAUGAAGCAGAGAACACGACUGCAACGAAGGUAUGUAAAUACAUGGGGUUUCUGCAAUUUUCACGGCUGGAGAAGUAUCCAAAUGAAGCAGGUUUUCUUCUCCAUCGAAUCCUCCAACCUGUUUCAAGACCCAUCCCGCAGGCCAAAAGAUUUGUAGACUAUUUGGCUACUUUGGUCCUCUAAAUGAAGUUUUCAUGCUUGUGAUUAUUAUAUUAGAUGGUUAAGAAAUUUGUCUAAUCAUUUACAUUACCAAUUUUGAAUCCCAGUUCAUGCCUUGGACUCAAUGAAAUGUGUGGCUGCCAGAAGAGGAUAUUUACAUUAAGUUUCUUACUUCCUUUUCAUUGAUGAAGAACGAGGUAGUACAUUAAGCUAUCUUCCAUAAAUUAAUUUAUUAUUGCUAUCUAUCUUUUAUAUUUGUUCAUUAUCCUAUAAAUGUAUUUGUUUUUAUUUUCCGAUCUACUGAGUUUGAAGUGUAUGAAUGAUCGCUAGCAUGGAGUAAGUAACAUGAAGGCUAACAUAAAGAUAGAUUUUGGGGUUUGUGGGAAUUGUGUUCUAUUUUCUUAGAUUUACCUCUUUUUGACCAAAUAUUACAGAGCAUGUCAUACGGAAAAGAUUAGAAAGGAAGGAGCAAGAAGAUUAGCUAAAGAUUGAGUGCAACUAAGAUAGAUAUAGUUUGUAAUAAAUAUAAUACCCUUAAAUGUUGAAUAAAAUCACUGUCUAACAUUGUUUUUCCAAUAUAAUUAUGCUUAUUCAAUAGCUUUAAA